AUGCCUGUUGUCAAAGGAGGAGUCUGGACCAACAUUGAGGAUGAAAUUCUCAAGGCCUCGGUCUCCAAAUAUGGUCUCAAUCAGUGGGCUCGCGUGUCGUCGCUGUUGGCGCGAAAGACGCCGAAGCAAUGCAAGGCUCGAUGGCAGGAAUGGCUCGACCCCAGCAUCAAGAAGAUAGAGUGGAGCAAGGAGGAGGAUGAGAAGCUUCUGCACCUGGCCAAGCUGAUGCCGACGCAAUGGCGAACCAUCGCUCCGAUUGUUGGCAGGACCGCCAACCAGUGCCUCGAGCGCUAUCAGAAGCUGCUCGAUGAAGCCGAGCAGAGGGAAGCGUCAGGUCUUGGUCUGAGCGGCCCUGAUGGCGGCGAGACUCAAGCGCCAUCUGCAGACGACGUCCGUCGCCUGCGCCCAGGAGAGGUCGACCCGGAUCCAGAGACGAAACCCGCGCGGCCUGAUACGAUCGAUCUCGAUGAGGACGAAAAGGAGAUGCUCAGCGAGGCUCGAGCCCGCUUGGCGAACACACAGGGAAAGAAGGCCAAGAGGAAAGCCCGAGAGCGUCAGCAGGAAGAGUCGCGUCGGUUGGCGACACUCCAGAAGCGGCGCGAGCUGAAGACGGCGGGCAUCAACAUCAAGGUCGUCACUCGGAAGCCUGGCCAGAUGGAUUACAAUGCCGAUAUUCCUUUCGAGAGGAAACCGGUGCCUGGGUUCUACGACACAAACGAGGAGAUUACGCGGAACGAGAUUCAACGCGCCAAUUUUGACCCGAAGAAGCUUCAGUUGUCACAGAACAAGCGCAAAGGAGACCAGGAUGAAGAAGCGGAUCGCAAGAGGCGCAAAGGGGACAAGGAGUCGGCUUCGUACCAGGAGGCACUGAAGGCUGGCAGGAUGCAGAAGGUACGGGAGGCAGAACAGAGCAGCAAGCGGCGCGCGCUCGUAUUGCCAGCGCCCCAAGUGAGCGAGGGCGAGCUCGAGGAGAUUGUCAAGAUGGGUAUGAUUGGAGAACGAGCAAGUACAUUGGCUCGCGAGAGCGACAACGAUGCCACACGUGGCUUGGUCGGCAACUAUUCCAACAUCAACACCAACGCUCCCAUCCGGACACCAAGAGCACCGGCGCAAGAAGAUCACAUCGCCAACGAAAUCAAAAAUAUCCGUGCUCUGACCGAGACUCAGUCGUCACUUCUUGGCGGCGAGAACACGCCGCUGCGCGAGGGAGCAGGGUCGACCGGUUUCGAGAGCGUGGCGCCACGGAAACAGGUCGUUGCGACGCCCAACCCCCUGGCCACACCGCUUAGAUCAGGAGCGAAUGGUGUUGGCGCCACUCCCCUCCGGCCUGGCCAGACACCGAUGAGGACGCCCCGUGACAACUUUGCGCUCAAUGCCGGAGAUAAUGAGAUGUCAUUGGUCGGAGGGACUCCUGGAGACGCGCGCAUGCGCGAAAUGGCAAUGCGCCAUCAGCUCAAGCAAGGUCUAGCAGCUCUGCCCAAGCCAAAGGAGACCGAGUGGGAGCUCGAGCUGCCUGAGGAGCAAGAGGAAGUCGACUCAAGGGAGGUCAUGCAGGAGGAUGCCGCUGUUCGAGAUCGCAGAGAACGAGAAAUGCGCGAAGCCCAAGAGAUGCUGGAACGCAAGCGGAGGACCCAAGUCAUGCAACGCGAGCUCCCCCGGCCGGCAAAUGUCAACGUCGAUGCUCUUCUCAAAGACGUCGGCGACGUCUCAGAUCCAUUGGAAGCCCUGGUGGCUAAGGAAGCGGCUCUACUAGUAGCCAACGACGCGGCCAAGUUCCCGCUUCCCGGCGCCAGACCGCCCCAAAAGACGGUGGCACUGGAGCAGAUGGACGAUUCCGCGCUCGCCGAGGCACGGUUACAAAUUCUCAUGGAGAGCAACAAACUUCCUAAGCCCCUUGGUAUAUCUGAAUCCUGGCCUAGCAGCAACAACUCCCUACUAUUGGGGCUUGGCUGUUACGAAGAUGAUGAAGAAGAGGUGCAGAUGGCCGCCAUGCGGGAAGCCUUCGAUAAGGUACAGGAUGACAUUAUCGCGUCUGCCGAGAAGGGAGCCAAGCUCGAGAAGAAGCUGAUGCUACACCUGGGUGGCUACAAGCAGCGAGCGGAGAUGCUGAGGAAGAAGGUCGGAGAGGCGUCCGAGGCGCUGGCAAAGGCUAACAAUGCCCUCGGCGGCUUCAAGACAUUGGCUAUAUCCGAGGAGGCGGCUAUCAACCGGCGUCUGGGUUCUCUGCGCGACGAAGUCAGCUUCAUCAGCAAGAGGGAACGGGAAGCGCAAGAGCUGUACAGGCGGACCAAAGAAGAGCUGGACUCGCUGACUACGGGUCCCAACGGCUAUCACUGA